AUGGAUGUCGCUUUGGACACUCUUUGGCUUCCUGGACAUUGGAUUACAAAAUCUAAUGCAAGUGAUUGUACCUUAGCUGCAGCAAGUUUCGAAGUUGCAACUUCGUUGAUUGGGCAUGCCAUUAAGAGUACCGCUGAUGGAUGUGGGAAUGGCAUCCCUACCCUAAGCAUCCGAUGCAAGUUACCACGACUCCUAGCCUUUAAAAAUGGAGAUAACAAUUACCCUUUAAUUGCUAAGAGUACUUGGUAG